AUGGAAUCAAAUAAUUAGCCUGUAUCCUUAGCUAUCCAUGCUAAGUAAUAAAGAAUACUUAAUAUCAUAGGAAACUCAUUAUUCGUAAUUACUAUUGGAUUAGGUUAUAAAUAUUCUGAAAAUUUCGCAGAUUAUUUGACAGAAGUGAUUAAAAAAAGAGAAAAUAGGAAUAUUAAAGAAGAAAAUCCUACUCAAUAUAAUAUUUCAAGAUAUGCAUUUACAGGAUUUUUCAUGUGGUUUACCUCAAAAGCCCUUUAUCCUAUUUGUUAUAAAAUUAGUAGAAAGCUAGGCAAAAAAUGA